GUGUGAUGGACCGCUAGCUACUAAACAACUGAAUUUAAAGGAUAGUCAGACAGAGAUAAAAGAGACAGGAAAAGAAACAGAAGAAGACAGAGAAGAGACAUUGUUGAAGGGAUGUCUGAAUCCCAGCCUUCUGUUAUUCAAGAGUGCAGCCCCCUUCCCCCUCUGCUGUACCACUCCAUCGAUCACCCUUCCCUCCCGGUGAACUCCUUGGUUUUGAACCCCGACUCUUGCACCCCAGUGCUCAGCCCAUCGGUUGGGCCCAUGCCGCGGGCGGCCGGGGUGCCGUACAGCCAGCCCCUGGGGGUUCAGAGAGGAGCGAGGACUGGGGCUGACAGGAUGGCAGAGCAGAUGAUGGGAUACAUGCCCUAUCCUCCCUGCCUAACGGGUCCCUCCGCGGAGAGACACGGACAGCAGACUCAUAUGUUACCCCAGGAGUUCAGCUCCUUCCUCCCCCCUCCCCCUCCUGCUCUCCUUCGACAGUCCGUGCAGAAGAAAAUUCCAAGCAAGGACAGCGUCGAGUAUCGCAUGCGCCGCGAGAGGAACAACAUGGCGGUGAGGAAGAGUCGCGACAAAGCCAAGCGCCGCAUCCAGAUCACCCACCAGAGGGCGCUGCAGCUAGAGGAUGACAACCGCAGGCUUCAGAAGCUGAUUGGGCAACUCACACAGGAGCUGGACACUCUGAAGCUCAUCCUGUCGCAGCGCCACCCUCGGCAGAGGGAGGACAAACUUGCGCGGGAGGAGAACUGCUGAGAGGAUGGAGGACGACAAAUAAAGGACAGAAAUACUUUUUAUUUUUAAAACUUUUUUCUCAAAUUUUGGACUACUGAAGAGGUGUCAGUGGCUGUUUGGAAUAUAGAAGUAUAUGGGGGUUUUUUUGUUGCGUUUUUGCUACACUGCUUGUGAAGGGUUCAGAUUCAGAGUCGGAUUCCCUUUAUAUUGUCAUUGUACGAGUACAAUAUAAUUACGUUCACAAACUCCCUGAGUAAUGCAAACGGUUUUAAAAACAAUGGUGACACCAUCAAAUAAGAAAUAAAUAAAUAAACUAUUUCUAUAUAGUACAUGCGUAUGCACACAAACACAAGAGUUCCUGUGUAGAUUUCAACAUAGCGACGAUGAGAACAAGACAUGGGAAGAUCAAUGGGUGUUGCAAUCGGCGGACAUGCCAGGACGAUAGUUUCUGACCACAAUGAGUGCACCAGAAAAAAACUGAACUCCUAAAGGCUAAAGGACAAACAAAAUGUAAAGCACAUUGCAUACAAUAUACAAAACAUACAGCAUUAAGGUGUCCCAAGAAAGUUAAAACGAUGUUGUAAACACGGCGGUGAUUAUCCAUAAUCACUGGCAUAGCCGAAUAGAUAUUACGACAAGGGCACAUUUAGUUGGAGCAGAUCACAAUCUAUACAAAUUAUUAAAUGUGAAUGUGUGUGAUUCUACAGAUUACAUAAAACAACAGCUUAUUUGUCUAUGAGACUACAGCCUAUCUAUUGUACCUCUAUAAAAAAAUGAAAUCUCUAUUUUUUCUCUCCUUUCUCCAUUUUCAAAAACUGUAAAAAGCAUUGUUUAAAAAAACAAAAACGGAAUAAAUAACUACAAAACACUGAAUUAAAAAUGGGAGGCA